CAGUGUGCGUGGGAGAGAAGUCGUAAACGCGGAAGUUUGUAACUUGAAGUUUAUUCUGCCCAUCCAUAUCAACGUUACGGCAUCACAGUUUGUAACAUGGCAGCAGCUAAUAGUGACCUUAGCCAGGACAGGGAGGUCGCGUCAAGCUUCGACUUCGAUGAAGACAAAAAGGCAGCAACCGGCUUUGAGGCCUGUGAGAAUAUUGCCCACCACAGCUGUUCCCUCUGUGAGUUCUCCUCAACAGACCGACAGCAACUGGAGUCCCACAUGUGCACUCAUGGGAAGGGGCCUGCAGAACAUAACCACAGGACGGCUUCUAUAAGCAGUAUGGAUGCACACAUGGAGACCCGCACAGGUGAGAAACCCUUCAUGUGUGGGGAAUGCGGACACCGGACAGACAGAAAAAGCGCAAUGGACAAUCACAUGAAAGUUCACACAGCAGAGAAACUGUUCAUGUGUAAGGAAUGUGGCUUUCUGGCAGUCAACAAAGGCAAGAUGUUCGAUCAUAUGAGCACACACCUGUACAGCUGUGGGGAAUGCAGUUACAGGACUCCAUGGAAAGCCAGCUUGGAAAGACACGUGCAAACUCACGCACGAGAGGAACCUUUUGAGUGUGACCAAUGCGGCUACAAAUCUGACUACAAGCCAGACAAGUUGCGGCACACCGGUCCAUUCAUGUGUACAGAAUGUGGGUACAGGGCAUCAUGCAGGAUUGCCAUCGACAUGCACAUGCAAACCCACACCAUCUGCAAAGACUGUGGGUACAAGACAACCAACAAGACUGACAUGCUCGCACACAAGAAGACCAACUGUCUGUCUUGCAGAGAAUGUGACUUCAGGGCAGCUACAAAGUAUGAUUUGGACCGACAUGUGAAAACUCACUCACCUUAUAUGUGUGAAAAGUGUGGCUUUUUGACACCAUUUCAUAGUACAAUGAAUGGUCAUAUGAAAAAACACUUAAAGGAGAAACCAAUCAAAUGUGAACUAUGUGACUAUCGAACAGUGAGUCAGUGGAGGCUAAAACCACACAUGUUGACCCACACAGAAGAGAAACCAUUUAAAUGUGGAAAAUGUGACUUUAAGACAGCAAGAAAGGAGCACUUAAAAAGGCACACAGAAACCCACAGCCAAACACAAAAGAAGCCAUUCCAUUGUGAACAUUGUGACUAUAAGGCAGCCGAAAGGUGCAAAUUAGAACGGCACAUGACAACUCACACAGGGGAGAGACCCUACGCCUGUGAUAAAUGUGACUACAGGGCAGCUCAGAGAGGUACUUUAAAGCAACAUCUGGAAACUCACAAGAAGGCAAAGUCGUCUUAAGACCCUACAGUAUCAUUAUACUUAGUUAUGGACUUUGGCAAAAAGUCUGACUUAAAGUAAAGUUAUGUAUUUUUUAUGGGGAGUUUCGUUCUAGCCUGGUAUCUUAUCCAAAUUUUGCUCUAGCCUAGUCUGCCAUUAUCAUAAAGGUCUAUCAUUGUAACUACCGGUUACUAAGGUCUGUUCCCGGUUUGUUUGGAAUCAGUUGGCAUUUGAAUAUUAUUUUCGUGAGAAGAUGAAGAGACUUAUUAUAAGCAGAUAUAAUAGGUUUAGAUACCAAGCUACUUGUAGUAAGGCGUUAACCCAAUGCUCGUUUAUCACUAUUUUAUAAUUGAUCAUACAGAGUGGAGUAGAUUAGCAGGAACACAAAUCGUUAUGAUUUACGUUGUGUCAAUAAAGCUAACCAUUCCAAAUUUAUCUUUUAAGUUAAGACAGUGAAAUA